AUGCCCGUCCAUGUGCUCGAUGCAGAAGGCGAGGUGAUGAUCACCUUGACCAAACCCAACGAGCCGUUUGCCCCCUAUGACCAUGACCCCACCGAUUCGGAUUCUGAGGCGGAUCCCCACAUUGAGAGGCUCCGUCGGGGGAUCGCCAUGAUCGUAGACGUCGGACUGGUGCCGGACACCUAUCUCACCCCGGAUCUCCGCACCGUCACGGUUCCUCCCGAACCAGAUCGGCAAGAGGCCGAUGGGACGAUCGAUGGUGUUUGGGUCCCCGCUUGGGUCGACGAACCCCGGAAACGAAGGAGCGGGAAGAAGGUUCAGACGGAGGACCAGAGCGACCGGAACGGGAAUCCCUCCGAGGCAGCGGUCAUUCAAUACCAAGCCUCAGCCAAGCAUCUAGCCUCGGCCUCGCCCUUCUUCAAGGCGUUACUCCUGAGUGGCCUCCGGGAAAGCGUCAAGUUCAAGACCGAAGGCUCCGUCACCGUGUCUACCGAGGGCUGGGACGCGAACGCGCUCUUGUACGUGCUGAAAAUCUUGCAUUGCAAGCACCAUGAACUCCCCCGCCAGGUCGAUCUCACCAUGCUGGCCAAGGUGUGUGUGGUCGGGGACUUUUACGGCUGCCAGGAUGCGGUGCGCUUUGCGACGCAGUGCUGGAUUGGCCAGUUGGAGCCCGGGGUGCCCAACACCAAAUAUCGCCCGCUGGUGCUCUGGAUCUGGCUCAGUUACUUCUUCCGGAUGGCGGCGCAAUUCAAAGAAGUCACCUCCAUUGCCAUCACCCAGGGCAAAGGCUUGAUUGAGACCCUGGGUCUCCCGAUCCCAGCCACGAUCAUGGACGCCAUCAACGACCGCCGCCAGGAAGCCAUCACCGAGCUGAUCGACCAUGUCUACGAGGAACGGGACCGAUAUCUGAGCGGGGAGAUGGGAUGUUCCUUUGAGUGUAGCGCGAUGAUGUACGGCGGGAUCGCGAAGAACCUGGUCGAGCACAAGAUGACUCCGGCCGACCUGGAGGCCCCGUUCCACAAUCACAGCUACAUGUCGUUGGUGCGGAUCAUCGAACGGUUCCGCACCCCGCGGUGGUUCGAUGUGGGUGCCUCGCUGAGCAAUUACGGCUACCAGUAUGUGAACCACCAGUGCCGGGAUUCGACCUUGUCUUCCUUGCGAGAUGGCUGGAACGGCUAUGUGGAUGGGCUGGACCUGAAACAAUUCGUCGAGUUGCGUUGAGCGGUCGGAAUUGCAAUAUGCGAGAUAUUUUGUUUUUGAUGCUGUUUCGAAUUUUC